AUGAACAAUAAUAUUGUUAUAACUAUUAAUACUACUUAUAAUACUACUUAUAAUUAUGAUAUCAUUCAUAAUCAAUCUAUUAUAUAUAAUACAUUAAAUAAUACAUAUAAUUAUUUAUUACAUAUAGAAAAACGUUAUUGGUGUUUAUGUUUAAUGAUAUUUUCAAUUGCUACAUUAUUUGGUAAUUCAUUAGUUGUAUUAAGUGUAAUACGUGAACGUUCAUUAAGAAAUGCAACAAAUUGGUUUAUAGUUAGUUUAGCAAUUGCUGAUAUUAGUUUAGCAAUAUUAGUUAUGCCAUUAGCUACAUGGUUAGAAGUUGUCAACGGUUAUUGGAUUUUUGGAACAAUGAUCUGUGAUAUCUUCAUUAUGUUCGAUGUGUUAUUCUGUACUGCAUCAAUACUCAAUUUAGUAGCCAUUUGUUUGGAUAGGUAUUUAGCUGUAACACAACCAAUAAUCUAUGCAAAACAUAAUAAUAUGAAACGUGUACAAAUAUCUAUUGCAUUAGUAUGGAUUGUAUCAUUCUUAAUAGCUAUACCAUUAAUAUGCGGUUUAAAUGUAAAUCGUUAUAAUGAUCCAACUAUAUGUCAAUCAUUUAAUGCCUUAUAUAUUAUAUGUUCAUCAUUAGGUUCAUUUUAUUUACCAGCUAUUAUAUUAAUUGUUGUUUAUCAACGUAUAUUUGCUUUAAUUAAACAACGACAUAAAUUAUUACGAUUAAAUCAAUCAUUAAAACAACAACCAUAUACAUCAUCAUUACAACAAUUACAAUUACAAAGAAAACAAUCAAGAUUACAUGAAGAUGAUGAUGAUGAUGAAGAAGAGGAAGAACAAGAAGGACGGGUAGUAGAAGAAGAAGAAGAACAACAACAACAACAAGAACAACAAUCGAUUGUUCAAUUAUAUGAUCGUAUUUGUUUAAAUAAUGAUCAAACUAUAUCUACAUUAUAUCGUACAACAACAACAACAACAACAACAAUGACAACGACAACAACAACUACUACUACGACGACUACUACAAUAAUGAAUUCAAAUGAUGAAAUUAGUUAUUCUGAAUUACAAUCAUCUUCACCAAUCAAAGUAAUAGAAUACAUAAAACAACAUGAUCCAGAACAUAAACAAUUUACUAAUGAAUUCGAUGAGAAUUUCUCGGAUGUAAAUUUUGAAGGACCACGUUAUGAUAUAUCAUCACCAAAUUUAAAUAAUUCUGAUCGAUUCGUUUCAAUAAUGAAUUAUACCUAUUCAAUGGAUCAUUUGAAAUUAACCAAUCAAAAUAAAAGAAGUCAUUUCAAUGAAAAUAAUAAUGAUUUAUUAAAUAAUCAAUUGAAUCAAUUAUAUCAUUCUGAUAUAGAUUUAAAUACAAUUCAAUCAAUGGAAUCACCUAAACAUAUAUUGAAUAAUUCAAAUGAUGUAUCACUUAUAUCACCAUAUACCAAAGACGAUGACGAUGAUGAUGAUGACGACGACGAUGAUGAUGAUCAUGAAGAUGAUGUUAAUGAAUCUAGGACUACAUUUCAAUGUGGUUAUCUAUAUAAUAUAUCACCUUCUAUACAUUCAGAAGAAGAGAAACAAUCACAUACAGAACAAAAACAAACUACUCAUAAUUCUCCAAUGAUAUUAAAAGAAGUCAUUUGUAAUUCAAAGAAACAAUCAAAAUCUUCUAUGUUGUCAUUUGAAAAGUUUAAUUCAUAUUCAACACAGAAAUCUUCUUCUUGUCAUCAUCAUCAUCAUCGUCGUCAUCAUCAUCAUCAUCAUCACGACCAUCAUCAUAACUUAUCUAAAUCAAAUAUUAGAAAUCUAUUCAAAUUAUCAUGGAUUCAUAAGUGUUUAAAUCAUUCACAUGUAUAUAAUAGUACUUCAUCAUCAAAUAACUCGGAAUAUUCAUGUCCUGGACUAUGUUCAGAAGAGAUGAUAAAUUAUAGGAUUAAAUUAAAUAAAGGUCAGUUUUUCAACAACUAUAAUGGUGAUGAAGAAGAAGAUAAUGAUGAUGAUGAUGAUGAUGAUGAUGACGAUGAUGAUUAUGAUGAUGAUGAUGUUGACGACGACGAUGAAGACGAUGAUGAUGAUGAUGAUGAUGAUGAAACAGUGAAUGGAUUAACUUCAUGUAAAUUUUGUCAAAAUCAAUUAAAAUCAAAUUCAUUCUAUCAACCAUAUGAAUGUAUUCAAUGUCAACCAAUUAUAUUUCAAUAUAAUUGUCAAUCAUUUAAUCAAAAUAAAUCUAUUCCAUUACAAAAUAAUCAUAAAAUAAAUUGUUGCCAUAGUAACGGAUUGCUGAAUAAAACUCAUGAAAAAAUCAAUAAGAAAAAUAUGAAAAAUUCAAAAAAUAAAUUCAAAUUUAAAUUUUCCCGCGAUAAAUUUCAAAUUCAAUUCAAUGAUCAAUUUAAACAAAAUAUACAAGAUUUUAUGAAAUAUUUAAUUAGAUUAUUUAAAUUUAUUCAUUAUAAAACAAAUAUAAAUGAUCCUAUAAAUCAUAAUCAUAAUCAUCAUCAUAAUAAUAAUAAUAAAACAAUGACAACUAAUUCAAUUCUACCUAUUGAUAUCGAUAUAAGUAGUGGUAAAUCAACCCAAAAAACGUUAUAUAGUCAAAGUCCUAUAUAUAAAACAAUAAAAACUAAAAAUAUUCUAUCAAAUAAAGAGAAAAAAGCAACAAAAACAUUAGCUAUUGUAUUAGGUGUUUUUCUAGCCUGUUGGUUACCAUUUUUUUCUAUUAAUAUUGGUUUAGGUUUAUGUAUCUAUUUAGGAUCAGAUCAAUAUGGUCUAUGUGAAUAUGCUAGUAAAUUAAUGUCAUCAUGUACAUGGCUUGGUUAUAUUAAUUCGGCAUUAAAUCCAAUUAUUUAUACAAUAUUCAAUAUGGAAUUUCGUUUAGCAUUUCAAAAACUAUUACAUAUCAAAUAA